AUGCAAUUCGCUACAAUCCGCUACACAGUCGCUCAAAAUAAACCCUUUUCUCGCCCCAUUCACUACGUUUCUAUACCUCUCCUAAGCGCCAUGCCCCCAAAGGACAACUACACAGACCCAGAGCUUCGCAGUGAAAUCAAAGAAGAGAUUCACAACAGCGACAAAGGCGGAAAACCAGGCCAAUGGUCGGCGCGCAAGGCCCAAAUGAUGGCAUCCGAGUAUAAGAAGCGAGGUGGUGGCUACAAGACCUCCAAGGAAGAAGGCCAGACAGAGUCGCAGAAACACCUCGAGAACUGGACCAAAGAAGAAUGGCAGACGAAGGAGGGCUCCGGAACAGCCCGGCAGGAGGAUGACUCCCGCAAACGGUAUUUGCCCAAGAAGGCGUGGGAAGAGCUGGGUGAAGGGGAGAAAGAAGAAACAGACAAAAAGAAGCUCGACGAAUCCAAAGAGGGGAAGCAGUUUGUUGGGAAUACCGAGUCAGCGAAACAGGCGAGAAGGAGAGCUAGCUCUGAGGUGAAGGAUGGCGGCGAAGAAUCUCGUGACCGGGAUGCAGAGAAGGAUGAAGAAGGGGAUAAAAACAAGGAGGGGGAAGACGAAGCGGGUGACAUGGAAGAGGACAAUAACAAAGUGAACGAGAAGGAAAAUGGUGUUGGGAAGGAUACCAGAAAGGACGACAAGGAGGACAAGGAGAACGAGAAGAACAAGUAUAACGCACAGGAAGAGGAGGAGGAGGAGCAGCAGCAGGAAGAUCUAGGCAAGGAAAAGGAGGAAAGGGAAAACGAGCAUGAGAAAAAUCCAGGUACCACGAAGAGAGCCGCAGGAGCUAAACGCAACGCGAAGCAAGACAAGGGACCAAACAAGAAACAGAAGGACAGCGAAAGGAUGAAAAGCUUGAGGAAGAGAGACUAA